AUGCCCGAGAUGACUGAAUUCUCAACUCUCCUUUCACAUCCUGUAGAACUGAUUCAAUCUAUCAGCGAUGAGCUUGAUAUCCCAGACGUGUGUAGGCUUCGUCUGACGUGCAAAGAGCUUACUGCACAUCUCGGCCCUCAACUUUUUCACACUUUCACAUUAGAUAUCUCGAGAUCCACUAUUGCAAAGGUUAUACCUCGACUCGAAGCCCUUUCCAGGGGAGAUCACGUUGUCUGUUAUUCUGCCAAAAAAUUAGUAAUCCGGUCCCUCUCGCCGUCGCAUAACCAGGACCUGUAUGGGACCAUAUGUUCAUUGACGCGAACAAGACCCAGCAACAGAUUGGGACAAUCAGAAUCCUCGGAAGAGUCCUAUGACGUCGCCCGCGCAAAGGAAUUCAUGAUGGCACAUUUGUUUGAUGCUAUAGCUUCUCUGAAGAACGUUCGAAAUGUAGAAUGGUCACCAAGUUCGACCGAUAAAGCAUGGUCUCAUCAAACCGUUAUGAAUGCUCUAAGUAGCUUACCAACUCUAAAUCGCAUCAGCAUCCGUCUUUCCGAUGUUAAAAUUGCACUGGAUCUUCAAUUUCUGAAAUAUCUGCACGAGGUGAACCUGGAUGGAGUUACAUUGCUGCGUCAGGGAGACAUAUUCGAAAGUCUGGCAAAAGCCAUAGCCCAGAACCAAUGUCUUACUUCAAUCACUCUUUCCAGAAGUUGGCGUCAGCCGUUUGGCGGUACUUUGAAUCAACAAAAUCUUCAUCAACUUUUCAAAUACUACCCUGCUACUGCCCCGCCCCUCCGUUUGCGUCACCUCUCCUUGCGCUCAUUUCUGGUUCGACUGGACAGUAUCACUCUUCAUCACUUAUCGCAUCUAACUUCUCUGAGCUUGACAUGCAUCGAGGAUCCAGAUGUCCCUGUCGUUGCUACAUUCCCGACGGGUGUACAGGACGACUCAUUAGUACACGAAAGAAGCAAAUAUGGCUCAACAUUGGAUGAUAUCUGGAAAGCACUGAUUAAUGCUGGAAUACAUCUGGUAGAAAUUACUGUGGAUGUGGUGCCAAGCGCAUUGCUUGAUUAUCUGGCGCUCUACACAGGUCUGAAGAUACUGCGGCUGAUGCCCGGUGGAUUUCACGGGGGAGGUUCAUCAGACACAGCAGCUGAUCAGUUCUUUUCUGUGGCACUUAAAUAUCAUGUCCAGACCUUGGAGGACCUCCAGAUAGCUUCGUUGUUUGAAGGCCGCUGGUGCUUUGGAUCUCACAACGUGGAUGUUAUAUCGCAAUGUACAAAGCUCAGGAAACUACGCAUGUGUAUCAACUCAGACCAGCUGCCGUCACAGCAACCACAUUCUAUCGAGGAAGCAAAUGACAUGAAACUGCUUUUAGACACUGUUGUGCUGCACAUGCCAAGAAUCAGCAUUGUUCUGAUAGCUGGCGCCAACCAGGAAGCUCUUCGCCCCUCUCGAAGUGGAUACAUCUCAAUGGUUCAUUUUGCAGCUGUCAAUAGAAAGCUAUCAAAAAUUAUUGAUGAAUACGAGCCCCCGCCUUCUUGUCACCGCCUUCCAUUGCUAAUGGUUUCUAGCUCAGGAAAACUGGUGUACCAGUGUAAAACCAAACAGAAUAUCGGCACUUACUCGAACAACGAAGCUGGUUUGAAAGAGAGUCGCGGUCUUAAAUACGUGAAGGCUCCAGUUUUUACCUCUGUUAAUGAUACAUAUAGUGAAUGGCUUUAA